GGUCAGUCUGGGUCAGGCCGCGACACAACACACAGGCACGCCGCCACACCAAAGCUUACAUUUCAUACACCCGCUACACUUUUCUCCACCGUCAGUCAGCUUCUUACACCUUCCCUACUCCCAUCCUGCAAGUAUUGCUAACCGCUCGAGACUUGGUAAAGCAUCAUCGCCUGAUCGCUAGAAGAAAAUUACCGAAAUAUUGUUUUUAAUUCAAAUAACUCGACUGAGUCGCUUUGUUCAAUAGUUUUGCCGAAAAUUGUAGAUUCAGAAAUUACACCAUUUCAGUCAACAUAUAACUUGAUAGCGCAUUGCUGAUUGCAAACUACUGGCAUCAGUGUGUAAGAGUUGAGAUGGUUUACCACCACAAAGCGCCACAAGUUGUGUACAAGACGUCUCGCCCCGCCAGUGUGAAAUAGCAACAACAAAGUUUCGGUGACGACGUGAACCAGCGAGUCACGAGCUACAGCGUCGGUAAAUUAUCCAGCUACAGGAAGCGGACCUUAUUUAAGAAAACUUUGUGACUUAUUGUCUUCACGACGAAAUAUAAAUAUUUGUGAAUAUUUAUCUCUGAGUGAGAGUCACGUGUGCAGCAUGCUGGUGCGUGGUGGAGACACGCGAGCACACUGUACCAUGAAGCAGAGCCGCUGAUGAAUAUUCUCCGGUCAUUCGGCCACCCGUAGCAAUGCUGUGUGCCUGGAGGAGCGCGGUCACUUUGGAGGAGUGGGGGCUUACCAAACGUCAGCUGUGUAACGAGUCACACUGAGGCGUGGCGGCUGGGGUAGGCUGUCCCGCCCGCCCGCCCGCCCGCCCAUCAUGAACUACAAUUUUACUCUAGAGAUCCUAAACACGUCUUGGAUCUUCAAUGACUAUGAAUUUGAUUUCUCCCCAAAGAAGCCUCCAGUGGUUGACAUCCCAGCAAAUCACAAUGUGAGUAUUAAUGUUACGCCCACAACCAGCGACGACCAGGUGGAGGUGGUACCGGAGGGCGAGGCAGAGGAAUGGAUGCUGGAGCUGGUGGUGAAAUCUGUCAUUCUGGCCAUCAUCGUUGUUCUCACCAUCGGCGGCAACGUGCUGGUUCUGUUGGCCGUGUUCAUGUCCCGUAACUUGCGCUCCUCCACCCACUACCUGAUCGUUAACCUGGCGGUGGCUGACCUGCUCCUCGGCACCACCGUCCUGCCCUUCAGCGCCACGCUGGAGGUGUCAGGGAAAUGGUACUUUGGCCAGGUAUUCUGCGAGGUGUGGGCGACCGCCGAUGUCCUGUGCUGCACGGCUUCCAUCUGGUCGCUGUGCGUGAUUUCACUAGAUCGUUACAUCGGGGUGACACGACCGCUGGCGUACUCCAGCAUCAUGACGGAGCGACGGAUGUGUGUGCUGAUCGUGGCCGUGUGGGCGCUGUCCAUCGCCAUCUCUAUCGGGCCUGCCUUUGGGUGGAAGACACCGCCAGACCCUGACCCCACCGUGUGCACCGUCAACCAGGAGCUGGGUUACGUGCUCUUCUCCGUCACUGGAUCGUUCUACCUGCCCAGCUUGUUUAUCCUGAUCUUGUACUGGCGGAUCUACAGAGCAGCAAUUCAACAGACAAAGUUCCUGGAGAGCGGCAUCAAGACCACCAAGACAUCCGUGACGCUCAGAGUACAUCGGGGCGGCGACACGCGCCUCACCCUGAGGGCGCACCGCGGAGGUAUGGGCGUGGGCCUGGCGGCUGGCAUGGCAGCCGGUCUGGCCACUGGUGUGGGAGGCCUCAACGGACACUGUUUAGUAAAUGGUGACUUAAAACCUCCUGAAAAAGAAGAAAAUCCUGGUCUGAGAGUUAAUGAAGGGAAGAAGACCAUGUCAAGGCUGAUGCCGCCCUCCCCUAACCUGGGACUGCCCGUCACGUCCUUCACCUGGCAGGGCAGGCGACGCAGCGCAAGGAACCCUCGGGAUCAAAGUGGAGAGGCCGCUACCUCAAAUCUGGAGACAUCACCCUCUGCCUCACCCGAGCGCCGGCUAACGGGUUCCACGGGUGGCAAGAUGGCAAAAUUCAGACGCCAAAAGAAGGCGGCCAAGACUCUAGGCAUCGUGGUGGGCGUGUUUCUCCUGUGCUGGUUCCCGUUCUUCUUCAUCCUACCGCUGGACUCGCUGUGUGGCAGCUGCAGGAUCUCAGAGACGCUGUUCGCCACGUUCUUCUGGCUGGGCUACUUCAACUCCUGCCUCAACCCCUUCAUCUACGCCUGCACGUCGCGCGAAUUCAAGCGAGCCUUCAAGCGGAUACUGUGUCGCGGGAGGGGGCGGGGGCGGCGCUCCCUCAACCACGCCACCUUCUACUCCGCCAUCUGGAGGAGAGACACUGGGGGGCUCAGCCCUAACCCUUCCAGCCGUGGGAUCGAGGGGUUGCUGGCCAACACCAUGCCUCUGGCUGACCCCUGCGGAGCCGUGUGGAAGGCUCCAAAGGCCCUUGAAGACCCGGGGUGCGAGUGUGUCUCCGUGGCCUCUAUAAUAAACUGACCAGCAGCAGCUCUCCGUCACCAAGACUCCGCCAGCCAAGCUUCAGCCAUGUGCCCAUGGGGAGAGUAUAGUGCUGCGCUCACAGCUGACGAUACACUUGUUCUGCUUGGAGUUUCGCUGUAAUGUUGGUGUAGAAGUUUAUUUCAGUUCCACUCAGGGGAGGGCGGGCUUACCAGGGGAGUGGGUAUCAGGGAUCCCGACUCAAGAAAGCGAGGCGUUUGUGUGGCCGUUGGCUCACACUCAGCGCCCGUGACCGUGACAGCGCGAUCGUACCUUAUAGUAGAGAAAUCUUAGUCCUCAAUGUCUUAGAGAAGUCAGAGGAUGAAGCCAGAGGAAACAGGAGAAGGGGAAACUAUUCUUAUCAUUAUUCUAUCAUUUGCAACGAUAUAUCUUUAGUAUGUAUCUUUAGUAUAUACAUUGAAAUGCUGCACACAAGAAAAUACAACACUCACUCAUGAAACAAUGCACACUGUGAGGCAAUGGAAACAACAUCUGUAUUCAAGGCAGGCGUCUCUCUCUCUCUCUCUCUCUCUCUCUCUCUCUCUCUCUCUCUCUCUCUCUCUCUCUCUCUCGAAAGUUUGGGUGCGAGUUAAUGUGAGAGAGGAAGACAUUAUAUCGUUAUUAGCAUAUUUAAUGAUCUAGAAUGGCAAGUUUUUUUUUUUUCCCGUCAGAUAAUUUCAUUUUGGGGCUUUUGCUUUUGUUACUUGUUAGGAGGGACGAGCACCAGCCGAAACUGAAGACUAAUGAACACAGACAGACACACACACACACACACACACACACACACACACACACACACACACACACACACACACAGCCAAUUUAAGAGCCAUUUUUUUUUUUCUCCUUACCAAAUGAGGCUUAUCAUUAACCACAUUAAUAUACACGAGGUAGUGUUUUGCAGAUGUAGCACUGUAAUUCUAUCAAAAUUUCCUCCUCUCCUGGCCUCUAUAGAUGUAUUUUUAUAUAUCACUAGACAACGUAACAUUACGAUACCUAACUGUCUUCAGUGUAACCUUGCCGGUGUACACUUGUAUGCGUCUCUCUCUCUCUGUGCGUAUAUAUGCCGUGUGUUUCCUUCAGCUGCCCAUCGCCACAGCGCGUGCAGGACAUCACAGUGUAUACAUCUCUUGGUGAGGGGGAGUCCCUGUGUAUUGGACGCAAGUCACGGGGAGACCAAGAGGAUUACCUACUUGUGUGUGUGUGUGUGUGUGUGUGUGUGUGCAAGCUCUGCAUCUGACUACGUGGAAAUAUGUCUAGAUGCCUUUUCCAUACACAGUUGUGAUUCUUUCCUCAUAUAUACACCAUUCUCUACAAAUUCUGGGUUCCUAGACUACUGUUCUUGUUCCUAUAGCGAUAUUUAAAGGCAUUUUUAAGUGGUGUGGAGCCACAUUUAUGUGCAACGCUAAGGUUCCUACUCUCAAAUGUUUCGGUGUCGUAUCUUGAUAACAUAACAGAUUUUUGUGGAAGAUAUUGCAGUUUUCAAGGAUGUUUUUUUUUCAUGAUUCUGGUGAUACUUUAGUAAGGCUACUGCACCAUCAGUAUAGAAAGACAUCAUCAUCAGAGUCCAAUUAAUCAUCUCUGUGGUCUUUGAAAAUAGUCUUCUUCAAAACCCGAAGCGUUAGGAAUACGAGCUUAAUGAAACGGUGCUAACCUCUCUUUAAGUAGUGGGCGCCACGAGGUCUUGAUGACUGAUACACCAGUUGCUUCACUCAUUACCCAUCGGAGGCCCUGGCUGGCAUGGUAAUGUUGGACUAGUAUACCACAGUGAUACAGAUCAACGGGUACAUAUUAUCACGACCAUCAUACGAGAAACUCCAGUACAAGCGAAGGUGAUGUGUCGAUGCCACGUAACGCCCUUUCAUUGGAACAUACUUUGAAAUACUUCGUGUCUCAUCUCAGGUACGUUUUCCAGGCUCUAAUGGAAGUAACUAACGAUUUCAGAAGGGUUAUCAUGAUUGCUGUAAUUCAGUUAGGAUUCUACUUAAUCAAUACGAAAAAAAUUUAUGAGAACUUUUUUAACAUUUUAAACUUUGUAGAUAUCAUUCUUAUGUGUGAACAAAGCGUUAAAGAUUACAGAGAUACUUCUUAUGUUACAACUCAGUGAUACAGAAAAAAAUCAUCAAGUAUUCAGCCACGAAAUGGCAAUAAUUCACACUACGUUCAGAUGUUAGCACCAAAUCAAAACAUUCACCGAAGUCAUUCAAACACAGACAAUUCUGGAUUCAUUUUCAUAUGUAGAUACAUUUUUAUAUGUGAUACGUCACCGGUCACGCAAAGUGUAGAAAGAAAGACAAUCAUCAAGUGUUUGGGAACCACACUCUCUCUCUCUCUCUCUGAUUAAUAGCUCUUUACACACACACACACACACACACACGGCUCUUUCCACGGGUCACAUGCACAGGUGUUUGUACAGGUAGUGUGUAAGGCAAGUUUGAAUGGAAUUUUCCAGAUAAUUAAUGCCUAUCUUUUUACGACGACCUACUGUGAAGUGAUAAGUGUUUCAGCUCGGAGAAAAAGAAAACUCAACUGAGCGCAGGGA